AAUCUCUGUUGCUAAGAUUUGCAUUUAGACUUGAGAGUUUAUAGUUUAUACUACAGUAUUGAGUUAUGAGUAUACUAUAUAUUAUAUAUCUGUGAUUAUGAGCGGAUUGCGGUGACCUAGAUUUUCAUAAGUAUUUAAACGAAAAUAUCAUUAAAGGAUCAGUAUCAUAAGGUCAACAUAACAGUUAGAAAUCGUUGUUACUAUGGCUACUUUCUCUAGAUUCCAUAAAAUUGCCCUUAUAAGUUUAGGUGCUGUGGGUGGAGGUUUUGCUUAUUAUCAAUUAGGUAGUAAUGAAAAGAAAUUUGGUGUGCAGAACUCGUGGACAACGAACUUUACGCCUAGCGUUAAAUGGGAAAAGAAUUGGGACCAUCGAGAACCCGAGUCCAUAGUGAAACCGGCAAAAAAUGGAAAGGCUGAGGACGACAAUAGAUACAAUGAGCAAAUCGAGAAGGCUAAGAGUAAAGCUGUGAGGCAUUUGUUUUUAAUUCGUCAUGGACAAUACCAUGUUGAUGGUAAUACUGAUAAAGAAAGAAUUUUAACAGAAUUGGGUAGGCAACAAGCAGAGCUUACUGGAAAGCGCCUUGCAGAGCUUGAUAUAAAAUGGGAUCUACUUGUUAGAUCUACUAUGACUCGUGCACAAGAGACUGCAAAAAUCAUUGCCAAACAUUUACCUAGUGAUAUUGAAAUCAAAGAUUGUCAAUUGAUAGAGGAAGGUGCUCCUAUUCCACCUGAACCUCCAGUAGGACAUUGGCGACCUGAACCAAAACAGUUCUUCCAGGAUAGCGCUCGUAUUGAAGCUGCCUUUAGAAGAUACUUUCAUCGGGCAUCACCAGAACAAACACAGGAUACAUACACCCUGCUAGUAUGCCAUGCAAAUGUCAUACGGUUCUUUGUUUGCAAGGCAUUGCAAUUCCCACCUGAAGGCUGGCUUAGGAUUUCGCUAAGCCAUGCGUCGAUAACGUGGGUCUCCAUACUUCCGAAUGGCAAUGUGGUGCUAAGAUCACUCAGUGAUACGGGACAUAUGGAGCCUAAAUACAUCACCAGUCGGUAAAUAAGGUGCUAUAUAGGUUUUGUUUUUACAGGUCUUGUAGCUUAGUUACAUAUAGCAAAUGUGAGAAUUCAUCCAAUAAUUCUUAUUUUUGUAAUAAGAUAAGAAAUGGCAAGCGUGGCCUUGUCGCCGCAAUUAAGGACACAAUUUUAGUCUGUAAUGGAUAAGGAAUGAGGAGACAAGAAAACUCAAUAUGCGUUGCUAUUUCGUAAGGAUUAGGAUUUUUGUGCGUUUUUUUAAAGUAAAGGCAACAUCAGUUUAGGAAGCAAUAAGCCAUUCGCCAUUUCUCGUCUUAUUAUGAUUUCUAUGAUUGAUACAUUUCGAUUUAGUUUAACAAAAAGUUCUACAUUUUUCUGAUCAAUUUAUGAGGUUGUGAGUAGUCAUUUCUCGUGUACUUCAACAGGAAUUCUGAACUUGUAAGAGAUUUCUGAUAAACGAAAGUUAUUGAAGUAUCAAGAUUGGAUUUUUGAUAUGUACAAAACGUAAAAUUUAAAUGAAUUGAAUGAAUAGACUAUGGGUGUCUAGUGUAUCUCAACAACAUUCUAGAAACUUUAAAUAUGUACUAGUACUUUCCUGUGCUUGGAACUAUUCGUACUUAAUCUGUACAGUUGUUUUGUUAAAAUUUUGGAAAUGCCAAAUUACCAAAUAUCUAAAUCCCGUUUAUGACAGUGCAAAGGCCCGCAACGCACACGCGCAACGCGAGCCCUCUGGCAUAGAGUGUCCAUGGGCGGCGGUAUCACUUAACAUGAGAUGAGCCUCCUGCCCGUUUGUCCCCUGUUCUAUAAAAACAUCUGAGAUAUGGCUUUUUCCUUUCCGUCUAGCAACGUAGAAGGUUCGAUAUGCAUAUUAAUAGUUAUAUAAUUUUCGCCAUGCAUUUUAUCUCGCGAUCGUGUUUAUUACCGACAAUGAACUUUAACGUGUUAAUAUGCCAGUAAUAUUCACCAAAUAGAAAUAAACCUAUAAUCAUGAGAAGAAGAGACAUUAGGGUCGUGUAUGUUCAGAAAAUAGUUCAUUAUAUAUAUUUAAAAUGUGCCUAACGUUAGCAAUUUGAUUCACUCACUGCCAUCAUAUGUUAACUAUAAUGAAAGCUAUGUAUAAACAAUAUAAACCCAAAAUACCUCAAACUACUUAAAAGUGUACGUAUAUUGUUAUUUAUAAGUGUAAAAUAUAUGGUUUGAUAUUAAACUGGUUUAUGUGA